UUUCAGUUUUAAAUUUUGAUGGAAAAUCAAUGUAUGAGGAAAUCAUAAGAGCAACAUAAGAUUUUGAUUCCAUAUAUUGCAUUGGGAAGGGAGGACAUGGAAGCGUCUACAGAGUGAAUUUGUCAUCUGCCAGUGCCAACGUUGUGGCUGUGAAGAAACUUCAUCUUGUGUGGGAUGGCGUGACAGAAUUUCAGAAGGAGUUCUUAAAUGAAGUAAGGGCACUCACUGAGAUAAGACAUCGGAAUAUUGUGAAGCUCUAUGGUUUUUGCGCACAUAAACGACACUCGUUUUUGGUGUACGAGUAUCUUGAAAGAGGUAGCUUGGCCGCAAUCUUGAGCAAAGAGGAAGAGGCUAAAGAGUUAGGGUGGAGCAAAAGGGUGAAUAUUGUAAAAGGUGUAGCUCAUGCCUUGUCUUACAUGCACCACGAUUGCUUGUCACCAAUUGUACAUCGUGACAUCUCAAGCAAGAACAUUUUGUUGGAUUCUGAAUAUGAGGCCUGUGUUUCAGACUUUGGCACUGCUAGGUUUUUAAAUCCAGACUCAACUAAUUGGACUUCUGCUGCAGGCACAUUUGGCUACAUGGCACCAGAGCUUGCAUAUACGAUGGAAGUGAACGAGAAGUGCGAUGUUUUUAGCUUUGGAGUUGUCACACUGGAAGUAAUUAUGGGAAGCCAUCCAGGAGAUGCUUUCUCAUCUUUAUCAUCUGGGGCGUCAUCGUCGUCCUCAUCUGCAUCACCAGCCCCUGAAAUGCCAAUUUCGGAUGUUCUGGACCAGCGCAUCUUGCCACCCUCAAAUCAAGAAGCAGGGGAGGUGGUCUCUCUUGUGAAGAUAGCAUUUGCAUCCUUGAAUCCCAAUCCGCAGUGUCGUCCAACAAUGAAGAAAGUUUCUCAGCUCCUCUCAUCAACUCAGAGGCUACAUUUGUCAAAGCCAUUGCAUAUGACAACAUGUGGUGAAUUGCUUGCUCCUGAUGGUUUGACUUCCUGAUGAGGAGAUGU